AUGAACUUCCUCAUCGUUGCUGUGGCUCUUGUCGCAGCUCAGGGUGGCUUCAUCUAUGGAUUUGACUCUGGAAUCAUUGCUACGACCUUUGGUCAUGACAGUUUCAAGCUCAAGAUGUAUGGACCAUCCAUGGUCAACACUAGCUACCAAGGCAAGUCCAAUGCAAUACCAGCCGAGCCCAUAGGUGCCAUCGUCUCGGUCUACAAUGCCGGCCAGGCCAUCGGCGGGAUGACAGUAGGCUACCUUGCCGAUAGGGUGAGCCGAAAGUACACAAUUCUUCUCGCUUCGGUCCUAACUAUAAUUGGGUCUACACUCCAGUGUGCCGCCGUGCAAGUUGGCAUGAUGAUCGCGGGCCGCCUUGUAGCUGGCAUCGGCUGUGGUCAACUCCUCUCUGUGGUUCCUAUCUAUCUUGCGGAGGUGGCACCUCCAGCGCGUCGCGGUUUGCUCGUCGGCCUUCAGGGUAUGAUGAUAGCCAUUGGUUUUGGCAUUGCCAAUUGGGUUGGCUACGCGGGUGCCUUUGCUUUGGGAGAUAGUCAAUGGCAGAUACCGCUGGCAAUGCAGCUCCCCAUCCCACUUCUCCUCUCUGUCAUGGUCUUCUACGUACCCUUCUCUCCUCGCUGGCUUAUACUCCGCGAUCGCUACGAGGAAGCUCGAACCGUUUUGGCGAGCUUACACGGGGCUGCAGACAAUGACGAUCUAGUUGGCCGCGAGCUCAUUCAGAUCCGUGAGCAAAUUCUUUUGGAGCGGUCCCAGGGUAACAUGGACUGGAUGACGGCGCUGCGCGCACUGUUUUCCCGGAAAUACGUCCGCCGCACACUAACCGCCGCGUUCAUCGUCACCAUGGGCCAGCUCAGCGGCUCAUCUGUCAUUCAGAACUUCCAGAACAUCUUUUACGCCACCGUUGGGUUCACUGGCAGAACCGCUCUUCUCAUCAGCGGCGCCUACGGCAUGAUGGGCAUUCUCGGUCAGGUCAUCUAUCUCUUCGUCGUCGCAGAUCGCUGGCCACGGACCCGCACGCUAUGGAGCGGUUCUUUGGUUUUGAGUGCCAUGAUUGCAUUGUGCAUGGCUCUCAGUGCAGUCUAUGGCACCAACGACAAUGACAACGCGGCGGGAGCGCGGGCCGCCAUCAGCGCCAUCUUUAUCUACUCCAUGUGCUACGCCGUAUUCUUCAACGCCAUGAUCUGGGUGGUGCCCUCGGAGCUGUUCCCAUUCUUCUUGAGAACCAAGGGUCUGGCAUUUGCCGUUGCUGCAAAGUCGGUGACUGCGAUCGUGCUCUCACAAGUUACCCCGCUAGCGAUUGCAGCCGUCAGCUGGAGGUACUAUUCGCUCUUCAUCGCAACUAAUCUGGCAGCCGCCGUCUUCUACUUGUUCUUCCUACCAGAGACAUCCGGGAAGUCUUUGGAAGAGAUUGCGGAGCUUUUUGGAGAUGACUUGGCAACAAAUCGCCUGGGAGAGCUGGAUGUGGACGCCAAGAAUGGAACCGGCGCAGAGGCGGAACUUUAUGAGUUCGCGGAGAGGCGAUCACUGGCAUGA